UCAUCCACCGUCGUGAUUUUCUCCUAGGUUGUCUCUCGUCGAGAAUUUUGACUUCAAUACCACGACUCAAAUGGCGAUAGCCGCCGCCAAAUUGCUGCCUGCCGCCGCCGCCGCCGUCUCGAAAGGCCGCAGCCUGUCUUCUCCUUGUUCGGUUAGUUACAGUACAUUAUACCGUUUGUCCUCUUCUUCUUCUUCAUCGUCAUCUUCAGCUGCUCUACAGCUAGACAGUCUCAAAUUCGUUGUGAGUAGCAAGUUUCGAAACCCUAGCUCUCUUCGCAUUUGCUCUGCUGCUUCUUCGUCUUCAAUGAGUAUUCAGGCUCCUCCGGAGAUAACUUCCGCAGCUUCUUUCCUUGAACGUAAGGAAAGUGGUAUCCUCCAUUUCGUCAAGUACCAGGGCCUCGGAAACGAUUUCAUACUGGUUGAUAAUCGAGAUUCACACGAACCCAGAAUAACUCCAGAGCAAGCAGUAAAAUUAUGUGAUCGUAACUUUGGGAUUGGUGCUGAUGGAGUCAUAUUCGCAAUGCCAGGAAUCAAUGGUACUGAUUACACCAUGCGGAUUUUUAACUCGGAUGGUAGUGAGCCGGAGAUGUGUGGCAACGGCAUUAGAUGCUUUGCUAGAUUUAUUGCAGAGCUUGAAAAUUUACAAGGGAAGCAAAGUUUCACCAUCCAUACUGGUGCUGGCCUAAUUGUUCCUGAAAUUCAAGAAGAUGGACAGGUUAGAGUUGACAUGGGUGAGCCGAUUCUGAAGGCAUCAGAUGUUCCCUCAAAAUUGCAGCCAAACAAAGGUCAAUCUGUAGUCAAAUCUAAGCUAGAAGUGGAUGGGGUAUCCUGGAAUGUAACAUGUGUCAGUAUGGGAAAUCCUCACUGUGUCACUUUUGGUACAGAAGUGAGCAAGAAUUUGCAGGUUGAUGUACUAAACUUAGCAGAAAUUGGCCCGAAGUUUGAGCAUCAUGUCAUGUUUCCUGCACGAACCAACACGGAGUUUGUACAGGUGUUUUCUCCUACCCAUCUCAAAAUGCGUGUUUGGGAACGUGGGGCAGGUGCCACACUAGCGUGUGGAACUGGAGCUUGUGCAGUUGUUGUUGCGGCCGUUCUCGAGGGUCAUGCUGGGAGGAGUUGUACGGUUGAUUUGCCUGGAGGUCCACUGGAAAUUGAAUGGAAAGAGGAAAACAACCACAUCUACAUGACAGGCCCAGCAGAGGUGGUUUUUUAUGGAUCUGUUCCCCUGUAAGCCUCUAGAUGUUCCGCCAUGGAGAAUAUUUACUGUGUUCUCUACCUGUACUUUUGGAACGUCUUCCCUAGCUUGCAGUUCUUCUGUAUUUUGUAUAAUUUGGAUAGGUAAAAGUAACGGAGAUGGGGGAAAAGAAGCAUGGGAAUGUUAUUGCACUCAAUCUGUCGAGGCUCUGCGAGUCCCCACUCUGCUGGAUGCUGCAAGCACCCAAUUCUGGCUUGCAUUUGAUUGGUAAAACGAUAGUGCCGGGCCUAUUGCGCCUGUGCGCCUCCCUUGUGUGCGCGCUCUUAAUCCAAGAUCAUGUGCCUGCGGAGGGCUUUCCUUCCGCGGGGUUGACAAACUUGUUUGUAUUCUUGGUGCAAUCCAUAUUUAUCACCUUAUUCCUCUCA